CAAGAAGUAUUUACCAUGAUCCGCACUAGGGGGUUGACGUCUUCCAGUCAGAGACCUCGAGAAGACAGCUGGUUAAAAUCCUUAUUUGUCCGGAAAGUUGAUCCAAGAAAAGAUGCUCACUCUAAUCUCCUAGCCAAAAGGGAAACAAGCAGUCUAUACAAAAUACAGUUUCACAAUGUUAAACCGGAAUGCCUAGAAGCAUACAACAAAAUUUGUCAAGAGGUGUUGCCAAAGAUUCAUGAAGAUAAACAUUACCCUUGUACUUUGGUGGGGACUUGGAACACGUGGUAUGGCGAGCAGGAUCAAGCUGUCCACCUCUGGAGGUAUGAAGGAGGCUAUCCCGCCCUCACGGAGGUCAUGAAUAAACUCAGAGAAAAUCAGGAAUUUUUGCAUUUCCGGAAGGCAAGAAGCAACAUGCUUCUUUCCAGGAAGAAUCAGCUGCUAUUAGAAUUCAGUUUCUGGAAUGAGCCUGUUCCACGGCCAGGACCUAAUAUAUAUGAACUCAGAUCUUACCAACUUCGACCAGGAACUAUGAUUGAAUGGGGCAAUUACUGGGCUCGUGCAAUUCGCUUCAGACAGGACGGUGAUGAAGCUGUUGGAGGAUUCUUCUCUCAGAUUGGGCAGUUAUACAUGGUGCAUCAUCUUUGGGCUUACAAGGACCUUCAGACAAGGGAAGAUAUACGGAACGCAGCAUGGCAUAAACAUGGCUGGGAAGAAUUGGUGUAUUAUACAGUUCCACUUAUUCAGGAAAUGGAAUCCAGAAUCAUGAUCCCCCAGAAGACCUCUCCCCUCCAGUAGAGCUGCAGAGUUAGAUGUGCCUACACACAUUCAUGUGACAAGUAUUUGUCAUAAAUUAAUUUUAACUGUAUAUCAAGUGAAAAACACUGAAGUGUAAACUGCUGUAUAUAGCUUAUGAGAGAUCCCUUUUCUUUAAAAUUUACAUAAAUCUAAGAAAAGGAAACUUACAGUUUGAUUGUAACAGUGCUCUGUAGUCCUCUUUGAAACACCCCUGUGUUUGUUGAAUAAACCUGGUAAUACUGAACCAUCCUUCCCACCCUCCGGGAAAAGAGGGCCCAAAUUAAAAAUUUGAAUCCUCUCUAAAUAAGAAUCUAACCAUGAAAAAAAUAUUAAUCAUUUCUUUUAAAAAGCAAAUCUGUCUUAUAGUUACAGAUUUUUAGACAAAUUUCUUGUAUCAGGAAGAAAUACAAAUUUUGUCAUGUUUCUCUGGCAGUUUUUUUGAGUCUCAGACUAGGAACAAAUUAUGAGCAAACCCAAUCUGACUGUUUUCGUUCACUCCCAUUUUCAAUCAGCCGGCAUAGUGAAUGUCAUCACUGAGCUGGUCACGCUGCCAGGGUGCAUUGAGGCCGAUUCCGUCCUUGCACAGCGUGAGGUGAUGUCUCUAUAUGAGAGGGGAAAUGGCUUGAACCUGUAUAUCAUGUGAUUUUGAAAUGGACACCUUGAAUAGUACUAAUUUUUAUUUGUAAUAUUUUUCUAUAACAAAAUGAGAAGCACUUGAGAAAGGUUUUAUUUUAUAAACAAUCAUUCAUGACCUCAGACAUUGUCCAUUCAUAUUCUAGUAAGGUCACAGCAGAUACUUCCACAAUCAUGCAUGAGGAGUGGUGUGUGCUGAGAUUUCAAUUGGCAUAAAGCUGCAUACUUGUCUAGCUCUGUUUGAUUUCGUUUUUUAAUAUAGUGUGCCAGUUUUGUGAAUGUAAUCAUGUAAAAGUCCUCUUGAAAUGAAAAAUUGUCUGAUCCCCAAAUUAAGUAAUUUAUGUGUAAAAUAAAGUGUGAAUAAAUCUCAUAUCAAAUUUCAAACUUUUACAUGUGAAUGAUUUUCUCCAAGAACAUAUAAAAGUCAAUAAAAUUCUCUGACUUUUCA